CUAAAACAUCUGCCACCACAGCCACAUAGCCUCAGUUUUCAACUCCCCCAAACCCCCUGUGUGCUCCUUCACCCUUGAGGAUCGAUCAAAAAUGGGGGUAAUUAGCAGGAGGAGGCUUGUGGUUUCAGAUUUCAUCAUGUCUUUGAUGUGGGUUUGGUCAAGUGUCCUUAUCAAGAUGUUUGUUCAUUCAAUCUUGGGUUAUGGAGCUCAUGAUCUCAAAGGUGAAAUCCUCAAACAUGCAAUUUCUGUCAUCAAUAUGUUCUUCUUUGCCUUCUUGAGCAAAGCUACCGAAGGUGGGGCCUACAACCCUCUUACAAUCUUGUCUGGUGCCAUCUCUGGGAAUCUCUCCAAUUUCAUCUUCACUGUUGCUGCUAGAAUACCUGCUCAGGUUUUUGGUUCAAUUACUGGGGUUAUACUCAUCAUUGCGGCAUUUCCAAACAUAGGACUUGGGCCUCGUUUAACCAUUGACAUCCAUCGAGGUGCAUUAACUGAAGGAUGUUUGACAUUUGCCAUUGUUACCAUUUCACUUGGACUUUCCAGAAGAAGUAAUGCGAGUACGUUGAUGAAGACGUGGAUAUCAAGUCUGUCCAAGCUGACUCUUCAUAUUCUUGGUUCUGAUCUAACAGGGGGAUGCAUGAAUCCAGCUUCUGUGAUGGGAUGGGCUUAUGCUCGGGGGGAUCAUGUAACUAAGGAGCAUAUACAUGUUUAUUGGCUUGCUCCAAUACAAGCUACUUUGUUGGCUGUGUGGACUUUCAAUCUGUUAGUUUCCCCAGCAAAGGAUGAAAAAGAGAAGAUGAAAGAGAAAAAGUCAGAAUGAAGUAUUGGUCAUCAUUCAAUUUGAAAUCUCUCUCUACAGAAACUACAGGCUGAUAGGUUGGAAUCGGAUGAUUGCAUGAACUUACAUUUCUUUCUUUUCUAAACUUGAUUUUGUAAAAUGUUCAGUUAAGGGAUGUAAGAUUUCUUAGACCUCUAA